AUGUGUGCGGCAACGUACGACUUUCUCCUCGCCGCUAUUAUAAUUUGUCUUGGGAUAAACCCAAAGAUUGGAUCGAGGCAGACUCUAUCUCCGGGUAUUGAUCCGGAUGCAUACGAUGGUCGCCGAGAUUUACUUAAGGCAUUAGAAGAGUCUUAUACCAUCUGGACCGAUUGGCGCACCGAAACGCACAAGGCAGGUGUGGUGUUUGACGUCGUGAAAUCUGUCCUGAAGAGAGUCAGAGAACACCGAACAACGAUGCCAUUGAAUGGCAAUGACCAAUCAGAAUCGGUUGAAUCACCACACACCGAGCCUGCCAAUACUGAGCAAAUAUUUGAGACCACAUGUCCAUCAAUUUCCUGCACCACUGCAAAGAGCGACUUCCCUCUUCACCCCACCACAGAUAUUGAGACCGAGUCACCGUUAUCGACAGACAUGCUUGCGGAUAUCGUCGAUCUGAAUGGCGUAAUUGACUGGAGUGAUGGUGGAGUUUGA